CUACGUGCAACUCCUUCCAAAUUAUUGUAAACAUGGUGCUGAGUACAGCGAAAAAGUUCCGUUGGACGUCCGUGGGUGUCAUAGGCGAUACCGGUACCAAUCGGGGUCAUGCGGUCUUUGCCAGAGAAUCGGCCCAAAAGUUAAUUGCAAAUGGCCGUCAAGCUUACCUGGAAUCAUAUAACUCAUCGAAUACGACAGAUAGCGAGCGGAUUGCCGUGCUUCGCCGUCUGAACGUUCGAGCGCGAGUUUAUUUUUAUUUUGGGGAUUUGGGUGAAUUUCGACGAUUGCUUCUGAUGGCAGCAAACCUCAACAUGACCAGCGGCGAGCACGUGUACAUACCUUUCGCGGCAUUCCGGAGGAGCUCGGAACCCGGUUUCUAUUCAUGGGAUAAGGGCGAUAGUGACGACGAGAUUGUUAGGCAAGCCUAUCGUUCCGUUCUGUUGAUGGAAUUUAACGAAGCAAUUUAUGGGAAAACCAAUGGUUCAGAAAAUUUCACCCAACAAAUGAUUCAAGGAUCCAAGGAAUGGUACAAUUACACAUAUCAACCUUUUGAAUUGGUGACGCCACAUCCGGCAGCCACAUAUUCGACGAUGAUGAUCCUGGCACAGGUAGAGCGACAUGUGAAGAAAGAAUUUUGUAAACAACUAAAGUUUUUACCAUGCUACUGA